AAACACGACCAUAGCCGCUUGGAAGAGGACAGGAUUACCGAUUGCAGAUUUUACAGCAACCGCGAAAACUUUCGCAUCAAAAGCUCUUCAUCCAUUAAAAUCAUCUUUUUCUCAAAACCUUAUUAUUGAAUUUAGUAUUCGUUACGGUUAGCUCAGAAUCUUCGUUGUAAUGUCGAAUUGAAUACAAUCAAGAUGCUCGGUGGUUUAUCCGUGUCUGAAUCCGCCGCCGAAAUUCUCUUCUUGAGCUGGAAUUCGUUGCUCCCUUGUGGAUUUCCGAUAUUGCGGAGGUCCGUUUCUGUUGCUGCGCCGAGGAGACACAAGCAGAGAAUAGUUGCGGCAGGAAGCGCCUUGAAUGAUGGUGGCGGCGUUGUUUUUGAUAAGGAGUUUGAGUUCACGCCGUCGUUCAGCGAGUAUUUGAAGGCGAUGGAAUUCCUCAAGAAUGAGAAAUAUCACGCCGACAAAGAUAGUGAUGGCACCAAUCUUAGCAACAGUAGCCCGAGGAAAAGGAAGGGUGUCAAGAAAAUUGUGCGGGUAGAAGAGAAGAGCAGUGAUGAGCUGACUGCAGCUCAAGAGAAUUCAAGAAAGGGAAAGAAAGGUGAGUCGUAUAAAGAAGACUCGAGAAGGGGCGAUUCCCACGACUCUGGGAUGGUCGAGAGGAAGCAGAAUAGAGAUUUGAAGAUGCGAAAUAGAAAGAUAAGUAAUGGCAGUGAGAGUCAGUCCUCGGGUAUGGAACGAGCUGCAUUUAGGCCAUUGGAAAGCGGUGAUGAUGUUGUAGGGAAGCCAAGAGUGACAAGGGUAGACAUGGAGGAGAGAAUACAGAAGCUUGCUAAAUGUCUGAAUGGUGCAGACAUUGACAUCCCCGAGUGGAAGUUCUCUGAAAUUAUGCGAAGUGCUCAAAUUAGAUUCUCGGAUCAUUCUAUUUUGAGGAUAGUUCAGAUAUUGGGUAAGUUGGGAAACUGGAAGCGGGUGCUCCAACUCAUUGAAUGGCUCCAGUCCCGUGAACGCUUCAAGUGUCACAGGCCAAGAUAUAUAUGUACUGCUGCACUGGAUGCUCUUGGAAAAGCAAGGAGGCCAGUAGAGGCUCUCAAUCUCUUCUGUAGGAUGCAGGGACAAAUGGCUACCUAUCCAGACAUAGCAGCUUAUCAUUGUAUUGCUGUCACUCUUGGACAAGCAGGGUAUAUGAAGGAACUAUUUGACGUGAUUGAUACCAUGAGGUCCCCUCCCAAAAAGAAGUUCAAAAAUGAAUUGCUUGCAAAGUGGGAUCCACAACUGGAACCGGAUGUUAUUGUCUAUAACGCUGUCCUUAAUGCUUGUGUUCGGCGUAAGAAAUGGGAAGGGGCUUUCUGGGUUCUGCAGCAACUAAGCCAACAGAACCAACAACCUUCAUGCACAACAUAUGGACUAGUUAUGGAGGUCAUGUUAGCAUGUGACAAGUAUAACUUGGUUUAUGAUUUCUUCAAGAAGGUGCAGAAAUCGUACAUACCAAAUGCUUUAAUAUAUAAAGUUCUUGUAAAUGCUUUAUGGAAGGAAGGCAAAGUCGAUGAGGCCAUAAUGGCUGUUGAUGAAAUGGAGAGAAGAGGGAUAGUUGGUAAUGCCGGCCUAUAUUAUGACCUUGCUCGCUGCCUUUGUAGUGCUGGAAGGUGCCAUGAAGCACUAAAACAAAUUGACAAGAUCUGCAGAGUUGCAAAUAAACCACUUGUGGUAACUUACACUGGUUUGAUGCAAGCUUGUGUGGAAUCUGGCAACGUUGAAAAUGCAGCAUAUAUCUUCAAUCAUAUGCACAAGUUUUGUUCGCCAAAUUUAGUCACUUGUAACAUAAUGCUCAAAGCUUUUCUUGAUCAUGGAAGGUUUGAAGAUGCAAAACAGUUGUUUCUAACGUUGUUGGAUAAUGGCAACUUUAUUAGCCGCGAAGAAGAUUACAAAGUUAGGGUUAUUCCAGAUAUCUAUACAUUCAAUACGAUGCUAGAUGCAUGUGCCAUGGAGAAAAGAUGGGACGAUCUUGAAUUUGUAUACUCGCAAAUGCUGAGAUACGGUCACCACUUCAAUGCAAAACGCCAUCUUCGACUAAUAUUGGAAGCACGCCGUGCUGGAAAGGAAUCGAUUCUGGAAAUGACGUGGAAGCGCCUGGUAGAAACCGAACGGCCUCCCCCUCCUCUGCUCGUUACAGAAAUGUUGUGCAUGAGGUUGGAGCAGGGCGACUAUGCGGCUGCACUCUCUUAUGUUGUUAACUUCGCCUUCGUCGAAUCACAGGUCUUCUCCAGAAGGUCCUGGUCGAAAUUUUUGAUCGAGAAUGCCCACCGGUUUCCGGACCGCGCUCUCGACGAGCUAGUACAUGGCGGAAACAUUCUUCUUCACCGGUGCGAAAACCCUGCUCUUGAGCAUCUAUUAGAUUCUUGCAAAGAUUUUUUAAGGAAGCAAACAUUAAUAGAUGUGAAGCGAGUAGAAGUAGAAGUAGGAACUAGGUUUCAAAAUAAUGCUGCUUUAGCAUGCUAAAAUUUAUCUGCAGCUAGUAUAAAAAUUUGAAAUACUUUUGUUUGUUCAUGUUAUCAUUUUUCUUUUCUUUUUUUAAUGUAUGACGUGUCAAAAGCCGUUUCAAAUGAUUGCCCACAUUCUCUGCA